AUGUCUUCAACUUUACUACAUACGGCACUUCAAAACCUACAUGUAUCUCAAAGAAAAGAAUCUCUCUUACGUCCUUCUUCCGAACCGGGUAUGCGUAGACCACCCGUGGUGAUAGUGGAAGAUGAUGAGUUGGUCCAUGUUGGAGGUAUGACCCGACCUGGGACACCAAGAGGUGAGAGGGUGGAGAAGACGAGGGUGAAAGAUCCUCUUCGAACUUUACCUACUCAUUUAGCUGUCAGGGUUUUCCUUCAAUUAGACAUCAAAAGUCUAGCAAGAUGUGAUAGGGUAUGUAAACGAUGGCAUAAAUCUUCAACUUUGAAUUAUGUUUGGUUCCUUCAAAACCGAGCUUUAAUCUUACCUACGACUCUUUCAAUUCCAACACGUUUACGUCAACUACCCUCUACUUUCCCACUUCCUAUUCUAUCUUCCACCUCUUCUAUCCCAUCCUCACCUCCAACUCCAUCAUCCAACCCACCUGAAUUAUUCUUCGAUCCAUACGAUAAACUACCUCGUCUAUCAAGACUACCUUUACCACCCAUACCAACUUCUCAAACUCCACAAUGGUCAAAAACAGAAUCUAAAAAAUCAUGGAAAACACAAUUCCGUAUGACUUUUCAACGUCCUGAUAAUGAUGAUUCCUUAAAGGUUGAUUUUUCUUUCAGUAGGAAUUCUUCUGGGGCUUCUUCUCCUGGAUAUCAUGGGCAUGGGUAUUCAGGAUUAGGUUCUGGGAAUAAAGAAAGAUGGGUUGAAGAAAAUGAAGAAAUGAGUAAUACCGCAAGGAAAGUUUUAGCAAGGGAGAGAUAUAAAGAAAUGAGAGGUAGGAAAAGUAAAGAAAAGAGAAAAAUGGGUGGGGAAUUAGGUAUUAGGGAUAAAGGUGGUUUAGGUGAUGUUUCGAGAUUUGAAGCUCCUUGGUGA